AGAUCGCCCAAGAGAAAGAGCAAAUCCGGGCGGAGGAGCCGGUCCCCGCGCGGUAGGAGGAGCCGGAGCCCGCACCACGCCGCCGUGAAGGUGAAGCAGGAGCGAGAUGAUCAUUGUCGUAGAGGAAAUGAGGAGCGAAAGCAGAGAUACCCACCGGAACAAGAACACAAGAGAGAGAGAAGUGGUGACAGAGACAGACACAGAGAUCACUCGGACAGAAGGAAGAAUCCAAACGAAAGGCCUGGAGUUCGAGGCCAUGAGCGAGAGAGGGAUGUUCAGAACAUCCGUGAGCAGCAAGCAGAGAGGGAGUUUUAUAACGAGAGAAGACGAGAGCAUCGACAGACUAAUGAAGGCAGUGGUGUUGACCAGAAUCCAGAACUCAGGCAAUCUGAUAACAAGCAUAAAGAAAAAGCUGCUGUAAACAAAGAGAAGCCAAGCUUUGAACUGUCUGGCGCGCUUCUAGAGGAUACCAACACUUUCCGAGGCGUUGUGAUUAAGUACAGCGAGCCCCCCGAAGCUCGGAUUCCAAAGAAGCGAUGGCGCCUCUAUCCGUUCAAAAAUGAUGAGUUUCUCCCAGUCAUGUACAUUCACAGGCAGAGUGCUUAUCUUCUGGGCAGGCACCGCAGAAUUGCAGAUAUUCCAAUUGACCACCCCUCCUGCUCAAAGCAGCAUGCUGUGUUUCAGUACCGGCUUGUGGAGUACACUCGUGCUGACGGCACUGUGGGCCGCAGAGUAAGGCCCUACAUAAUCGACCUGGGGUCUGGGAACGGCACUUUUCUAAAUAACCAGCGGAUUGAACCUCAGCGUUAUUAUGAACUAAAGGAAAAGGAUGUACUGAAGUUUGGGUUCAGUAGCAGGGAAUAUGUUCUUCUCCAUGAAUCUUCAGAUAAAUCUGAGGCCAACACAAAGGACGAUGAUGAUGAUGAGGAGAAGGAGGAAGAAUCUGACAGUUAACAAAUGAGGAGGAAAUUGGGGGAGGGAGGGGCAGGGGAGAGGAAUUCUUUGCAGUUGAACAUGCAUUGAGGAUGCAUUGGAGCAUCACAGCACCGAUGCCUCUUAUUGCCUUAAAGUCCUUUUUCUGUU